AUGGAGAGUCCAGUUGAUAAACCAAGAUACCAGUAUCGAGACCUUGACUGGACCGCAAAGGAGAUCCGCGUAGUCGAGCUUCUGCCCGGUACUUUCCAAGAGAGAAUCCGCAUCAAGUUUCAUCAUGUCGCUCUAGCACCGCGGCGGCCUUCCGCAAUCAGAUUGCCCCCAAGUCGCGAUGAGAUCCAAAAGACCCUUCCAUCAGACUGGAUCGUCCGGGUCUGUCUCGAUGGUCGCUUCAUAUUCGAGCGCAUCAAGGAUUACAAACCAGAAGAGCCCUACGAGACAUCCUGGCUGCACCCCGUGACGGGCGUCGACCCAAACGUGAGCUUCGACGACAACAAGCUCGAGUAUGAAGGUCUAUCGUACGUCUGGGCCCCUGAAGGCAGCGAAGAAGAUGCUCUCGUCCUAGAACCAACAGCCCCGUCCACGGGCGCGGCCUCGUCGAGCCUCAGCAUCAGGCCGAACCUCGCCGCGGCUCUUCGUCACCUGCGAUACCGCGAUAUUCCAAGGCGCAUGUGGAUCGACGCGCUGUGCAUCAAUCAGACCGAUCUCGAGGAGCGCAAUAGGCAGGUCCACAUCAUGUGCGACAUCUACCGCCGUGCAAGUCACGUCGUCGUCUGGCUGGGGCCGGAGAGGGAGGACAGCAAGAUCGCCAUGGCUGCUCUGCGGCAUCUAGGCGAGCAGGCCGUCUAUACCGAGCGCGGGGCGUGGAGGACGAAUCCGCCCGGUUGCAGUAACCCGGAGCUGGCUCGCGCUUCGGUGCCGCUUCCAUACGACGAGCAGACCUGGCAGUCUAUCAUGAAUCUCUUGCAGCGUUCCUGGUUCGAGCGUCUUUGGGUAUGGCAAGAGGUUCGUCUAGCUGAUGAGCGCUCUUUCAUGCUCUGCGGCCCCGACAGCAUCUCGCUCUCUCUGUUCCGUCGCGCAAUCUUUUGUGCCAGCGACAAGAAGUUCCUUCCGAGCAACGAGGUGCGCGGGCUGAUUCUUGACGCUGUCGAGGUGAUGCUGCCAUUCUCCAACCAGCCGUUCUUUCGAGAGCUGCAGACUCUCAACUGGAAGGGGUGCGCGAAUCCCCGAGAUAAGAUCUACGGAGCAUUGGGGGCUGCUCCGGCGGCGAUCAGGGAGCGUAUCACCCCGGACUAUUCCCUGCCGGUUGAGAAGGUGUAUGGCCAGUUCUGUAAGGCAUAUCUCGAGUGUCUGGAGAGGCUGGACUUCCUUGACCGUUGCAACAUCGACGCUCGCAAAAUUGAUGGGCCUACUUGGAUUCCAGAUUGGUCCGUCCCCGUCGAUAGAGCCGUACGGCUUCCGUAUGCCGAUAUCUUUUACGCAGCCGGAGCUUCAGCGGCAGAAGUCAGCUUCAAGUCCGGAAAUGGCGUAAAUGACGACAAGACCAUGGAUGCCGCAGGAGUCUACUGCGGUACCGUAUCGUUCGUAGGUCAAAAGUCACCCCCUGACUCCGACGGUCUUCUCGCCGCCGUGAAAACUUGGGAAGCAGAAGCACUCUCAACAGAGCAAUACGCACCGACAAACGAGAGGGCCAUAGACGCCUUCGUCACUCUUCUUGGUUUGGGAUAUAUGAUUGAGAGGUGGCCGCAGUGCAACAGUCUUCUCACGGUACCCGAAGCGGCAGACCUGUACGGCAAGGAGUUCAUCAAUGCCAAAGGCGAUGCAGUCUCCCAUGAGUCGCUCAACUUCAUCCGCGUGCGGCACCGGUACUUCAUCAAGACGGACACGGGAUACAUGGGUACAUCUCAUGCACGGCCAGAGAUUGGAGACAAGCUUGUAGUCCUGCUGGGUUGUCCAUCGCCGUUGCUUAUACGACCGGAUCCGGCGUCAAGUUCAGAGGACCAACGGUACAGGGUCGUAGGAGCGACGUACACUCAUGGCCUAAUGGAUACAGAGGCACUGCUCGGUCCCUUACCAGAGGGUUGGAGGGUACGUAUGGCCAGGGAGUCAGGGUUCUUUGACUCUAUGCAUUUCUUCUCAACAACCGCGGACAAGACGACAAAGGAGGAUCCGAGACUCGGCGAAGACCCGGCAGACUGGGAGAGGCUUGAGGCUGUGAGGACGGGCAAUGACCCGUGGAACUUUGCUCGAUAUCGCAGUCGGAAGACAAGGGAAGUGAUCAACUCGGACCCAAGAUUGACGGUGGACGCCCUGAAGUCACGGGGUGUUCGUGUGGAGCGUUAUAGCUUGGUGUAA